AUGAACGAAGCUACCCCAUUCCGAGCCAUUACUGUCAAGGCAUCAAUAAAGGCAACGGGGUGGAGUCCUGAGUUUCUUGGACCUCUACAAGUCCUUGUCGCUAAAGUCCACACAAUUGUCACCAACACCUUCGCACUUAUGAGAUACACAUUUCUUACCAAUACUUCCAAGCACUAUUUUUCGUGCUCCCGGAUUUCCCUUCGAACCUUUAAGCAAGUCGAAAACUCUCGCUAA